AUGGGACCAGGCUCGGGUCUGAGGCCAGUUGGGCUCGGGCACGGCUUGGGGGCAGGGCCUGCAUUUGGGCAAAGCCAUUGCCCCACGCACGGAGAGUCCACGGCAGCCCCGGGCCCGACGCGGAGGCGCGCGCCCGGGAACCGCAAGGAGAGGAGACGGACUCAGAGCAUCAACCUCGCCUUCUCGGAGCUGAGGUACGCCGGACUGGGGCUGUUCAUCCACCUCAUUCAUGCCGGCGACGUCAUCCACUGUGCGAAAGAAGUUCAAAAUGCAUACAUAUAUUUCCCCUUCAGUCUGCCACAGGCGACACAGGGUGCGUUUGUUUUUAUACACCGUGUGUUUUAUACACCGCGUGUUUUUAUACACCGUGUGUGUCGCAGGGAGCGCAUCCCCAGCGUCCCCGCCGACACGAAACUCUCCAAGAUCAAGACGCUGCGUCUCGCCGCACGCUACAUCUCGCACCUCAUGGGGGUCCUGGCCCGGGACCCCUCUGAGACCCCCGAGCACGGACACCCCGCGGGGGCGUGCACAGCGGUCAGGUUCCCGCACACGCGAACGCACACACCUGUACGAUGCACAGGGUUCAGUGCCAAUGUUAGAGGCUCGCAGAGACAAAGACACGUCGACACUGCAAAUGAUUCGACCUUAAUGCUUGAAGGUCACGGAGCACAUGGCACAUUUAGCAUCCUUACGGUUCCGUUCGAAAUGCUCACAUUGUUGGUGUCGUGGGCCCUGCAGGACGGAGACGACGCGGAGCUGAGCGGAGAGCGCAGGAGCCGGGGUCGCACGGGGUGGCCGCAGAGAGUCUGGGAGCUCGAGAUGCAGAACUAAGACCUCUGCUGCCACGCUUGGGAGAGGCAGUCGACUACAGGAAGCGUGUUCCGAUUUUUACUAUUAAUUUAUUGCAAAGCGUGCACUUAUAUGAAACUAAACAUAUUAAGGGACUGACUUGGCAGUGUUUCCCAAGCACAAUCCAACAAAAAAUAAUCACGUUCCUCAUCAACACCUCUAUAUAUAUACUGCAAUCUGACUUUUCAGGCGACAACCCUUCCUUAGAACAGAGAGACUGACUUAUAUAAUAAUAGGGGUUUUCUCCUUUUUUCUGGCAACAAAACUGAAACCUUUUUUUUACAAGGAUUCAUGUCUGCAUUAACCACAAUACUUGCAGUCAAAAU